GGGGGGGUACUGAUUGAGAACUUGUUGAGCGGAGAGGCUGUUCUUGUUCUGAAUAGCUCAAUAUCGACGCUCAACGUGGAUGACAAAGAUGGAAUCAUAGGCGAUUACGUGAAACGUUUUGAUUUGAUUUCCGUAUUUGGCAAAUUAAACACUACUAAUGGCGCUACGCUACUGUGUGUAACUAGUACGCACACAGAGGUGAGGUUUUCGGAUGGAUCGUGCAUAUAUCGUAUCAACACCUGUGAACUGGCACAAGUAAGCGGUAAUAGUAUCGUUAGAGAUGCCGAUCUUCUAAAAGGGAUGCGAGCCCUAGUGGCCGAUGGAUCGUUCUAUUUUGCAAGUGAGGGCUAUGACGUAACACGUUCUGAGCAAGUCAAAUAUGAAGAAGGUUUAGCAGGAGUCGCGGACGAGCCAGACGCUGGAGUAAUGUGGAAUGGUGCAUUGAUGAAGGAUUUCACCAAUGCACAAAUCGGUGCACCUCUCUGCCCUCCCUGCAUCCGCGGCUACGUUUCUUUUCGUAAGAUAUACACAGGCAUGACUGAAAAUUUAGCGGGUAUAAUUAGCCGUUCUGGCUGUGGUCGUGCUGGAACGCGGUUCCAAACAAGAGGUGUGGAUGACGAUGGAAUGGUAGCUAACUUCGCUGAAACAGAACAGAUUAUCGAGGUGAACGGCGCUGUGAUUUCAUAUCUACAAAUUCGUGGAUCCGUACCUCUAUUCUGGGAACAGCCCGGAAUUAAUGUUGGGAAACACAAGGUACAAAUACCUCGCAGCAUGGACGCCAUGAUGCCUGCAUUUGAGAAGCACUUUACUCAGCUGCUGCCCCGUUACGGGCCUGUCAGAUGUCUCAAUCUAUUAGAGCAACAGGGGGAAGUCGACGGCGAGCCUUUACUGAGUAGAGAAUUUGAAGUGCAUGUGAAGGAGCUUAUGCGUCAACAGAAAUGCCGCAUGUGUACAGGUGAAGGCCAGUGGGGCGAGGAUGUGAGUAUAGUGUCAUUUGACUUCCACAAGGAAACUCGUGGAAGUAAGUAUGAGAAUCUUUCACGAUUGCUAAAUGCUAUCCAUGAGCCCAUAGUCACGUCGUCCUAUUUCUAUCGACCAGGCCCUGGCGCUACACCAGUGAAUCGACAAUCAGGUGUAUUCCGAACGAAUUGUCUUGAUUGCUUGGAUCGAACGAAUGCUGUGAUGCAGCUGAUCGGUCAGAAAGCAUUGCAAAUCCAGCUCGACGUACUAGGCAUCGAAAUCAGACACCUAUCAAGAUUCCAGGACUCUUACAAAGAAAUGUGGUAUCAGAAUGGUGACGCUAUCAGCAUGGCCUACGCUGGCACGGGUGCCAUGAAAGCUGAUUUCACACUGACUGGCAAGAGAACUAAAAAGGGUAUAUACAAUGAUGGCAAAAAGUCUCUGAAAAGACUGGUACAGAAUAAUCAGGACGAUAAACGGCAGGCUAUUAUAGAUGUUAUGCUCAGGGCCAAAGGUUCAACAGAACUCAGCAUGGCAAUGAAUGAGAAGAACCAGAACAAGACGGUGAAUCAGACGAUACACAGAGCUUUACUGGAACGUAGUGAGGAGUACUGCGAUGUGAGUGGCCUGCGGCUGUGUGUAGCCACAUGGAAUACAAACAAUGGCAAAAAUUUCGACCAUACAAACCUCGCCGACUGGUUAGUGGCCCCUUGUGAAGGUGAUCCGCCUGAUAUUUAUGCGAUAGGCUUUCAAGAAAUUGUGAACAUUGAGGCGAAAAGUAUAUACAAAGCCGAUGAAGGGAAUAUGGAGCAAUGGCGGCUAAGGAUCACGGCUGCUCUGGCUCAGCAGAAUCUCAAGUACAAUUUGCUGGCGCAGAGACAGUUAGUAGGGGUGGCUUUGCUGAUCUUCGUCGCCGUUCCUGCCCUACCAUACGUGCGUGAUGUUGUGAUCACUAAAUGCAACGUUGGGAUGCACGGACUUGCGGGUAAUAAAGGUGGAAUUGGAAUUCGAUUUGCAUUUCGCAAUACCAGUAUCUGCUUUGUAAGUGCACAUUUAGCGGCGGGACAAUCUAACGUGCAGGACAGAAUCGACGAUUACAAGGACAUCACCAAGUCACUCGAUUUUGGGAAACGCAGAUGCGUGUUGGAUCAUAACUAUGUUUUCUGGAUGGGCGAUUUCAAUUUCCGUGUCAACUUGCCAAGAGAUGUAGUUAUACCUGCCAUAGAAGCCGGCAAUUACAGUCUCCUGUUACAGAACUGUCAACUACAGUCGGCACGCGACCGAGGACUCGUUUUCCAGGGUUUCGAAGAGGGAGAAAUUAUUUUUGCGCCGACGUACAAAUAUGACGUCAACUCUGAUACAUAUGACACAAGUGAAAAACAGCGCACGCCAUCAUGGACAGAUCGUAUCCUGUGGCGUGUAAAUGGCGAAAGCGUGUUGAACUCUGUCCUCCGCUAUUACAACCGCGUGGAUAGUAUCAGAACUUCGGAUCAUCGCCCUGUGGUUGCGGUGCUUGACAUCAACGUUGCUAUUGUGGACGAGCAAGCUCGUAAAAGUGUGUACAAAUCCUUAGUCCGUGACGGUUCGGCUGUGGAGCCCUGUGUGGAUGUAUCAGGGUUGCCGGCCGAUGCGACACCAAACGAUGUGCGCGCUCUGUUUCAGCCAUUUGGUCGUGUCAUGGCUCUCAAACUGUAUGAACCUGGCAGCGCACGAGUCACAUUUGCGGAUGAGGAUAGUGCCGUAUCCUGCACCUCACUCUCUGGAUCGAGUUUUGGCAGUCGUACCUUAACGAUAAACCUGGUAGACCCCUCGAACGACGAUUAUGUAUCCCGUAGAUCCGUGGACCUGGAUAGUAUGAGGAGUGGAUCUCUUCGCAGUAGAACGGACAUGAAUGAUACUACUUCUUUGAUGUCGGACAUGUCAUCGUACACCUCUGCAAACGGCCGAUUGCAACCACUCCCUUCAUUCAUUGGAAACGAUGGUAAUGGAUCAGAUAAUGACAAUAUAAUAUUUGGUAGCUCACCGAGUAUGUCGCGAGCGAGUGAAGUCAGGGAACCUGAAAAACCAUACAGACCGGCGGCGUUCAGCGAUGACCGCGGCAGUUCCAAAUCAGUCUCGCGACCGUCUGUUCCGGCACCCGCACGCCCCCCAGCACUUCCUUUAUUAUCGAUAGACAGUCCGUCUGUGAUAAGUGAAAGGCUUGAGCAUGGCGAACAUUUACCUACUAAUCUAAGUAGGGGCCGCCCGCCCGCACGCCCGCGCGCUCCAUCUGAGGAGAGUCUGAAUGCCAUCAUUGCGCUGACAGGCAGCAGCAGAGGAACGUCUGAGGGACCCACUACCAGACCACCGAGACCAAAGCAGUCUUUGAGUGAAAGUACAAGAUCAUUCAGCACUGAGACUCGGGACUUGAGCGCUGAAGAAAGCCAGUAUUCGGAUCACGCACGUACGCCAGACGUUGUGCAAAAGCCCAGACCUGUAGACUCUAUAAACACCGUUCCCACGCGACAGACGAUCCCGCGUAAACCAGCGUAUAAGGUGCCAGAACUGCCGCAGAAACCACGUCAGACACCACACACUUUGACUCGGCGCCCAACUAAUCCGCCGCUGCCGCAGUCGAGCGAUGAUGAGUCCUAUAGCCAGAGGCACGGCAACUCCGGGAGUGACAGUGAGAGCAGUGCUAGCGAGACUUCCGACGACGAUGCGGAUGGUUUAGGAAUUGAGGAAAGCUUUACUGAGAUGAAUGUCAGCUCACUGCGAAGCCCAUCUCCUCCGCCAGCGCGGAUGGCUGAGAAUGGGCCUGUGAAAACAGGAAAGGCUGUUCCAGCCAAAUUGCCUCCCAGGAAUAGACCACCGCAGAACCCGUCGCCCGCUCCGUCGCUGUCGCCUGCACAAUCACCACAGCUGCAGCACACGUCACGUGGUGCAUUACCCGCAAAGCCGUCGGCACUGCCUCCGCGACAGCCACCUCCGCCCAAAAGCACAGCACGCGAUAGUGCUGUACCUGUCAGUCGCCGCGGACCACCUGUCAGUCGCCACGGACCACCGGUCAAGGCGCCCCCGUCCUUGUCAAGCGUAGGUUCUGGUGAUAUCUCCAGCACUCCCUUCUCCCCCAAACCACCUCGCAGUCCCGCACCCGCUCCUGCGCCACUCGUACCGCAUAAAAGCCCAGAGCCAAGGGCACCAGGUAGGACUGCAGAUGUCUCAGGUAAGCCCUCGCCCUCCAUACCCGUAGGCAGUGCCCCCCCACCGUCACGUCCUCCGCCCGGCUAUAGUGGCAGGUCUAUUACGCAACCCUCCCCUGAACCUCCCACACAGCGAAGUGCUCGGAGCAACGAGGAAUCUGCAGAACGUGUAUUGCCCAUGCCCACCCGUACACCCACAAGCGGACCGGUACACCCACCCCCACAACGGAGAAGCGUGACGCCUAAUAUCACUGCGAUGCACUCUGCCUCUGCGCCUCCUCCGUUGCCAGCCAUGCCACCCAGAAGUAAACCGCCGAGCAUUGCAACACGGACAGACUCUUCCUCUAGGGUCACACCGCCGAGCCUGCCGCCCAGAGGCACACAUAUCCCGUCGACACCGACAUUUGAUAGCGAUUCAGAUAGCGAAUCGAGUGAUGCCGAUAGUGUUGUUGCAGACCAAUAUUCGGGAUCAGAUGAGAACACAGACGAGGAUAGUGAAGCGGAAACACUAGUGCCCCGGGUGCCACAGAAGCCGAAACGCCCGAAUAUGCUGUAA